AUGAGGAAUGCAAUUCUCCCUCUGUUGUCAUCACAUCUGUACAGCAAUGGCUACAACGAUGCCCUCUCUAAUAUUAUUCCUGCACAAAUAGACAGCUAUUUGAAUUCGUAUGACAGCAGCUUCUGCAUGGAUUUAGACAUGCAAAAUCACCAUAGCCGAUUUGAUGAAGUAGUUAGUAUGUAUUCUCAAUCAUAUGUCGACUAUAUAUCAUCAGGACUGCCGUUGAUAAUGCCAAUGGAAAGACUAGAUUGCCCUCCAUUUGUAGAAGAAAGGCAAUCGACUUGCAUGCCCAUUUGUGACAUUAAUAAUAUUUGUCAGCCCCAUGGCAAGACUUUUCCAGUUCAGCAAAGUGAAAAUGUAUGGCAAUCUUCUUUACACUCUCAGGCUUGUUUUCUUGAAAUCUGCAGUGACUUACAGCCCACAAAUUAUGGAAGAAAACGUUCAGUUGAGGCUAGAGAUCAAAAACACAAGAAAGCAAUGUGCUUUCAACAAGACAUGGAGGGAGAAAAAAUACAGAGACAAAAGGUGCUCACGAGGAGAAGCCAAAAAUUGACUGACAAGAUCACGGCACUUCAAAAGUUAGUUUCUCCUUAUGGCAAGACUGACACGGCUUCAGUGCUUCAGGAGGCUUAUGUUUUUAUCAAACUCCUUCAAGAUCAAAUUCAGAACUUGGUUAAUACAUCCCAUGCCAACGACGAAUCAACUCGCUCAAUGGAAACAGAAAAAGAAGUUGAUCUACGAAGAAAAGGGCUGUGUGUGGUUCCAGUGUCAUGCACACAGAGAUUAUUAGAGGAAGUUAAUGAUUUUCUACCGGAGCCGGACCUUCAUUAA